CGAUCGUGAACAAGCGUUUGUCAUUGGCAAGCUAACCAGAUUUUUGUCAAAGAGCCUGUGCAAGGUCCAGCACGUGGCAAGUACGUACCCUGUCGGCAGUUGAACUGUUCCCAUUCAGGGUCUUUGCUUCUAGUUGAGGCGUUUCCUGGAGUGGCCUACAGCAGUAGGAAACACUCAUAUGUGGGAGACGACAUUUCGAAGCUAAGAUGCGGUACUUGGACAUUGCUAUGCUGUUUUCCCGUACAUCUCCAAGUCUUGUUUCCUUGUUUCUCUUGCAGAACAUACUCUUGGCCCUAUUUUCCUGCUCUGAGGUUGGAUGUUCUAACACAUUUUCCUUAAUCUUUUUUUUUCUUUCUUUUUUUUUCCCUCCCUCAAACAACAUCACACCUUUUGUCUCAUCACAGGCUCUACACUGCAAGGUGCAAAUUCUACUUCCGUCAAGCCGAGUGUCGUUGAGAAGUAUUUGGCAUUCACUUCUGUUUCUGGUCCCUAGCAAGCCGCUUGUCCUCCCCUUCAACUUCUCAACUUUUCUAUCUUCCGUUACCUUUACUUGUCACAUCAUAUGUCGUCUCUAGCAGACACAAUUGGGAGUCCCUUUUUCUUCUAUCUACUCUUUUCCGUACAGGAAAGCGCCUUCUCGACACUCAUUUUCCAACGAUGCGGCACAUACCUUACCUACUAUCGAUCGUAGUGCCGGCGACCACCCGAUCUCCUCCCUUCAUCGAACAACGAAAAGAAAGAACAACGAAGCGAUACAACGAAGAAAGUCAAAACAAGACAUACCCGUUGAUGUGAGGAAACCUCGGUCUUUUACUCAAACUCUGUUUCACAAAAAACCAUUGUAUGAAGUAGAGUUAGGGUAACAGACAGGGUCUUUCCCUCCAGAAGGAGUCCAAGGUUAGAAAGAAAAAAAUAAAUACAAAAGAGGCUUUCUGAGAACCUAUUGUCUUCUCCAUAGACAUUCAGGUUGCAACAUGGCCUCAACAAAUGAAAGCUAUAACAGUUCACGCCCUUUUCUGUUGGUUUUAAUUAUCCUUCAUUCUUAUCUCUUCUUUGUUGCAAUUACUAGCUCCAUUUUCAUGGCGCUUCCGUUCCUGUUUCUCUAGUUAGAGAUAACUAGAAUCAUCAAAAGUUUCCACCUAGUGAUGUCGUUGGUAAGAUCUAGAUGACAGGCAUGUUCGCUUGCCUCCAGACGAAGCAGGACCUGCCUGGUACAAAACAUCUCCGCCCACCACCGUACCUCUCUAUAAAUGCAGCAUGACUAGCAUCCUGGAACC